AUGACCGUUCGUGCCUCGCGACCGUGGAGCAACGGCAGCGGGGCUCGAGGCGCGGAGCCUGUGGGGGAGGGUCACAACCGGAUAUACUUUCAAAUUCGCCCUAAUUUUGUAAUGAAGAGGCUGAGAAACACCAGUGGAAAUGCUACAUCCAGACCCAAUGCCUCCGUAGGUUUGUCACAGAUCCAAACCUAUACGUUCGUGUUGAUCUGCUGAGAGCGUUCCCAGUGUCAGAGCCCAGCGAUGUGGAUCUGCAAUGAGACGGACGCCAGUGUGGACUUCCGGCUCUGCAAGGACUUUGGCCUCACCCUGUCGGCCUUCUCCCUCAUCUACCUCCUGGUGUGCUUCCCGUUGGGGCUGUGCUACAAUGUGCUGCUGGUCGUGGUGAACCUCUCCAACAAAGUGUCCAUGACCAUGCCGGACGUCUAUUUCGUCAACAUGGCCAUCGCCGGCCUCGUGCUCAACCUGGUGGCCCCCGUGGAGCUCCUGAGCUCCACCUUCACCCGCUGGCACGCGUGGGAGUACAGCAACGAGGUCUACAUCACCCUGCUCAUCCUCUUCAACAUCUCGUCCCUGGUCAUCAUGUACUCCACCACGCUGCUCAGCCUGGAUUACUACAUAGAGCGGGCGCUGCCGCGCACCUACAUGUCCAGCGUCUACAACACCAAACACGUGUGCGGGUUCAUCUGGGGCGGAGCCGUGCUCACCAGCUUCUCCUCGCUGCUCUUUUACGUGUGCAACCACAUCUCCACCAAGAUGGUCGAGUGCUCCAAAAUGCAGAACAAGGAGGCGGCGGAUGCCAUCAUGAUGUUCAUCGGCUACGUGGUCCCAGCUGUGGCGGUCCUUUAUGCCUUCGUGCUCAUCCUGCGCAUCAGGAAGGAGUCCACCCCUCUGGACCAGGACGCGGCCCGACUGGACCCGUCCAUACACAGGCUGCUGCUCGCCUCGGUCUGCGUGCAGUUCGUCCUGUGGACGCCGUAUUACUUGACCCUGUUGGUGCACACGGUGGCGGGCGCGCCGGGCUACAUCAGCAGUGAACGUUACUUCCCCGCCCAUCACUUCAUGAGAUGUUUUUCCAAGCUGCUGGCGUUCUCCAGCAGCUUCGCCAUGGCCCUCAUGUACAGGCAGAUGAACAAGAACUUCUCCAGCAAGCUCCAGCGGGUGCUCAGGAGGCUGCACUGCCGAGACCAGCCCUGCCCUCAUGAACGCUCCACAGUGCAGCAAGUGGUGACGUGAGAGCCCUCCUGAGAGAUCACAGGCGCCCCUCCGCCCCCCCCCGCCCAUUCCUCCUCCUCUCCUCUUAUUCCAGCCAGCACUUAUCCCCACUUCUUCCGUACAGAGCCAGUAUCUGAGCGGGCUUCCUCAAGACUCUGGACUGUGCUGAGUGCGACAUAGCUGACUGUGGAAUUUCCUGUCACUUUCCAGAGCUCGAUCCGAUCUGCCUGGCUCUGCAGUGAUAGGAGGAACCGCGCGAAAAACCACUAAGUGCUGCUUCUUUUCAUCAGUACGUUAAGCUCUCCAAUAGGACAAUUGGGCUUCUGGGUUCAGGGUUGUGGAGUGUGUACAAUCAUCCAAUAGCUCACAGCGUGGCAUUAUCUGAGUUUCAUGCCUAGAAAACCAAAACGGCCAUCUCUAAGGACUGCAUCGUUUCAGUGGGUGUGGGUUGGUGCUGUGAAUUGGUUUGCGAUUUGACUAAUGCACGACUGCCUACGUCUCACUUUAAUCUCUCAAAAUGCUGUGAUGUGAUUUGAUUAUCAGUCUUUGCAGGGUUGCUGCAUGUUCCUUUUCCCCCUGACACUCAAGUCGAAGCAUUACACGAUAAGCUUUGGUUAUCAGAUGAAGCCAGGCCAUUUUGUUACUAACGCAGCACUCUGACGGAGGCUGGCUGGUUUAUCAACAGUCCACCACAGCUAAUGAACAAUGUGUGGCAAAUCCCGACACCAGCACACGGCCCUGCUAACCACUCUCUUUGUUCAAUGCCUCCAAACUACAAGCCUGGGUUACUUGAAUGAGAGGACUGUUCUUCUAAUGUUGUGUCCCGAUCAGCUAACUCAAUCUGCUUUUUAAAGGCUAAAAUGAAAUAUUGAUGGUUCUAUAGAGAAAAUGUAAGUUUUUAAAAAAAAAUCAACACCAGAACUUUACCGUAGCUAAAAGUGAGUACUGUUAUGAAAAUAUGUUCUCUUUUUUUUUUUCACAAUGUGGUUCUAAUCUACUCAGUCAUGAAGAGAUUAUUCCCACAUGUGUCAAGCUUCUCAGCAGAUUUUCUCCAGUAGAUUUAUAUGAAUCCUCACCACUUUAAAACCACACGAAGACUGAAAGAAAAGCUUGUAUUCAGGGUUCAGAUAUGACCAGUAUACCUCUUAUGAUCUCUGCUGAAACAACACGUUAAACCAACCCCUUAACCUGAGCAGUUAGCCCACUGUGGGGUUUCUGUUGGGCUUUGUUUCACUUCUGUUGGAAUUAUGCAUGCAAAGCCUCACACGAGGUCACGCAUGGGGCCCUGAGGAGGUGGCAUGUACAUUCCCUCCUGAGUGGCUGCAAGGUUUUGUUCAGUGGAAAUACUCAGACUGGGUCACAAUAGACGCAUUAUCAAAAACCCUGUUAGAAUAUGAAACGCUCUCAUUCCUGUCACCUUGUGAGCAGUGUGUGUUUAACAAGUUUGAACCGUAAUGCUGCUCGGAUGCAUUAAAGCUGCUUUGCUUUCUCACCUGCCACUUAGUAAAGAAUAAGCAGCCUUUCUUAUAGUGAUGAGACCCACUUAUGAUAUGCUAAAUAAAGAUGUAUUAUUGCACAAUGUCUGUUGCGUGUCUGCGC